UCGCCCGGUCGUGGCUGUGGCUGCGCAAAAAAGGAAGCCAGCCUGAGUUCAGUGAGAAUAUUGUCAUGAUGAUGCUGAGACAGACGUUUUUUUCUUUUUUACUUAACCCCCCCCUCCCAAUUUCUAAGAAUCCAGAUGUGGAAAUGUGUGGUUGUGGCGCCCAGGAAACUUGGUGUAGCCAAGAAAUCAAGUCCAAGCUGCGCAGGUUCUGUUCCGCUCAGCAAAGCGACAUCUACACCUGCAGUGUGUUAAAUGGCACCAAAGCAAAGGCGAUACAUCAUCUACUGCACGCUUCUGUGUAAAUUCUAUCAUCUUUGACUGCUUUUUAAAAGCAAAUGCAACUUUUCGUGACUCCCGCUUCAUUAAUUACACAGUUCUUCAAUCACUGAAUGUUUGAUGCGCAUAAUAAUGAGACUGCGCUCUAUAAUCUGGACUUUCGUCGCUGCAGGAAUCGUUCUGAUUUCACUCCUUCUCAUGACUCAGUCUUCUCCUACUUUCCUCUGCACAGUUUCUCCAAACCCAAACGCUGACACCUGUCUUUACAAAUCUCCGAAACAACUUUAAAAGAGGAGUGGAAUUUAAAAAAAAAAAAAAAAACAACAACUCAGAAUAUCGCGUCCUGUCUCAUGCGGAGACAUUUUGUCACCGCGGACCUACAAAUGUGAGGCCCCCCUUUUGAGUUUAUAAUGCUCACACUCACUUCCAGGCAGUGUUGACAUUUCAGGCAACAGGCCCACCGCGUCAUGUUGAGGUCUGCGGGCCUAUAAAUGUCUCCUGAAGGGCGUCGGCUCCCCUCAUUGUCACUCAGCAGAGAUACGCGCAGUCACCUGGACGGUGUAAUUUUCUGCCCUUUGCGUCUCACAAGGUGUUAUUAUUAUUAUUUUUUAAAUCUCCUCUGGGAUUCUGGGAACUUCAGUUUCAGCAUCCAGCCCGGGAGCGAGCAGAGAUGUGCGGGAUAAACGCUGAUCUGCCAAAUAAAGGUGGUGGAAGUGUCAACCAGCUGGGAGGGAUGUUUCUCAACGGCAGACCUCUCCCGGAGUCCAAGAGGAGGAAAAUGAUCGAGCUGGCCUCGGAGGGAGUCCGUCCAAGCCAGAUCUCCAGGAUACUCCGGGUGUCCAACGGGUGCGUCAGCAAGAUCCUGAGCCGCUACCGCCGCACUGGACUCCUGGAGCCGAAGACCAUCGGAGGGAGCCGACCCCGGCUCCUCACCCCGGGAGUCAUCUGCACCAUCAUCCAGUGCAAGAGAGAGAAUCCGACGAUCUUUGCCUGGGAAAUCCGAAAACGGCUCGCAGCAGCGCGGAUAUGCAAGGCCUCGAAAGUUCCCAGCGUGUCGUCUAUAAAUCGGAUUUUGAGACGGAUCCACCUGGACCAUGGGUCGAUGUGCAUGGAGAUCAGCGCGCACAUGAGGACUGAGCGGGAUUUCCAUCCACUGAUUGCAGAGGAAGUGAGUGACGGAAAGACGCUGGAGACGGUCUGCAGCCACGACCAGAAGCCCGGACGCAGCCAGCAUCGGAACCGAACCACCUUCACCCUGGAGCAGAGCACGGCACUCGAGCAAGAAUUCUCUCACAGCCAGUACGCGGACAUGUACACCCGAGAGAAACUGUCGGCGCAGAUCAAGCUACCAGAGGACACCAUCAAGGUCUGGUUUUCAAACAGAAGGGCUAAAUGGAGGAGGGAAGCCAAACACAGAGGUAGCACACAGCACCCUCAGAGGCGAAGAGACGGCGACCCUGCGGGUUCAUCGACGACCGGCAGCUCGGCGUCUCAACAGGCGACAGGAGCGUCCGGAGUCGACUGUGAAAACUCAGACGCCUCCUCUACGUACAACACGGUUGCCAGGAAGCUGCAAAAUGGCUACUUCUUCCCAUCGGAAACAUGUAUGGGAACUUCUGAACACCUGACGUCUAUCUCGUUCCUCCAUCAGUCCAGUCAGACCCUGACGGACAAAACCUCACCGGAUCUCCACAGAGACAGAUUCACGUUCCCGUCGCUUCACCCUCACCUCUCUUUGGCGCCUGAGCCAAUCAGAGCAGAGCACCCUGUGACUCAGUGCUGGAACCAGCAGGGGGGUUCUUCUUUCUUGUUAUCCUGGGGCCAGUUUCAAACAGAUGAGCGGUUUCUGUUGGCCCAGCAGCCCUGGGACGUGAAUCCACAUCACCACUAGGACUAACCGGAUCAGUUACUGGACUGGACGUGGUGUAUUCUGACCAGCAGAGGGCGACAGAUGACUGGAUCUUGUCCCGUCUUCCUCAGCUUCACUCAUCACUCCCCCUCACAUCAGCACCCUUGAUUUGCCAUAAAUAAGAAACAACACAGAGAUUAAUAUUUUUCAAAAUGGAUUAAAAAACUCAAAACUCAAUUGGUUACAAGUGACUGAUGUGUUGAAUAAAGCUUGCCAGAGAACA